AAGACAGGAGGCAAAAUGAAAAACUUCUACUUUAUAAACCCUAACGCCCAAACCAAAGUCAUCCUCGGAUCUCAUCCUCAGCUACACAGACGCAACGCUGCUCAGGAAAGAAGGAUGAGCACUAGGCCUGUGCCAACAAGAGAGAGCCCUUGGGGUAUACAUGAAAGUGAUACAAUAGAACUCAAGGCACACAGAUGCAAUGAUCGACUAGAAGACAUUGUUCAGGCUUGCUUUGAAGGAAAUCCAUUUAAAACGGUUCCAGGCCCCUUCAAGCUCUUCUGGCAAUGCAUGAAUUCAAAUCCUGGGGAGGAACCAACUGAACCGUUCUACUACUUAGAAUUGGAUCCACCAAAAAGGCCAGAGACUGAAUCAGAAUAGCUGAUGCUUCUGUUGGACAAGAGCCUUCGCUAUUCGAUAAUUGGUGGUGCCGCUAGCUCUUGCUGCAUUUUCUGCCUUGAGAAACAAAUGUUGCUUAACCAUCACAUGUGCAUGUACAUGUAGCGCAGCUAAAACUGCUUGAAAGUGCUUGAAUUCUACUAGUGCUAAAUUGGCGCAGUUACGAAUAAGUUGUGCGCUUAGACUCUAAUGUAACAUCAUGUUUGUGUUUGUUUGGAUGGUUGCUUUAGUUUGAAUC